AUAAUUAUCGCUGAAGUAGAGCGCACCGGUUGUGUCGAUUAUAAGUCAGUAUAAUCGGAACGCGCAUACCGUGCGCCGGAGAACAAUUACACUUCAAACUAUCUCCGAUACUAAAUUAUGUUAUCACUCAGAUAUUAUUUUAAUCAUAAUUUAUAACAAUAGUGAAUAAAUACUUAGUUAAUUAAUAAAAUGACUGAAAACAUGGGUACAAAGACAGAAGAAAAAUCAGGAUCGAAAUCGUCUCCUCCGCCGGAACCAAAGCAAGUUCCGAAUGUGUUAUCAAGAUCGUUUUUUUGUUGGGUGUUUCCUUUAUUUUACUUCGGUAAUAGAAGAGACUUAGAAGAGUAUGACUUGGUGCCUCCGAAACAAGACUACAAUUCCAAGUUCGUUGGUGAUCAAUUGGAAAGGGUAUGGCAUGAGGAAGAGAAGAAAGCCAGAAUGCAAGGAAAACAAGCCAGUUUUACAAGAGUAUUAAUCAAAACAUUUGGUUGGUCCUUCGUACCGGGAGGUCUGAUGCAAUUCUUAUCUAUUGGUUUGAAAACUAUAUCUCCCCUGCUAUUUAGUGAGCUGCUGAAGUACUGGAGCGUAGAUUCGGAGAUGAGCCGAGACACAGCUAUGACCUACGCCUUAUUAAUGAUCCUCUCCAACUGGUUGUCGUCAUACGCCAAUCACCACGGCUUGUUGUUCUGUCAACAGUUUGGCAUGAAGCUCAGAGUCGCUACAGGCUCACUUAUGUUCAGAAAGAUAAUGCGUAUGAGUAACGGGUCGUUGGGAGAGACGACGGCUGGAAAGGUGGUGAACCUGCUCUCCAAUGACUUGCAAAGGUUCGACCUAGCGACGAUGUUCCUGCACUACGUGUGGAUCAUACCCAUACAGCUGGCUGCCGUCGUAUACUUAGGAUACCUGCAAGCUGGUGACGCUGCUCUCAUAGGCUUCGCUUCUUUAGUCAUUAUUGCACUUCCAAUUCAAGGUGUUUUGGGUAAAGCCCUAGGUGCUAUUAGGUUGCGUACCGCUGAGAAAACAGAUGAAAGAAUUAAACUAAUGAGCGAAGUUAUUAACGGUAUUCAGGUUAUAAAAAUGUACGCAUGGGAAAUUCCCUUCCAAAAAGUGGUGGGAGAAAAACGUGCUAAGGAAAUGAGCGAAGUGGUGAAGGGUACCAGACUGAGGACUGUGUUCAUUGGCUUCAUGCAGUUCACCGAGAGAUCGGCCCUGUUCAUCACUGUGCUAAUGUUCGUCUUGUUUGGAAACUCCAUGUCAGCCAAUGUUUUCUAUCCGUUACAGCAGUUUAUGAAUGCGGCCCAAAUUAACAUAACUCUGUUCCUGCCUCUAGUGAUAACCUUCACUGCCGAGCUGUACGUGUCACUCGGAAGAGUACAAGAGUUUCUGUCGUUGCAGGACCGGCCGGACUUGUCAGAAAAGACGGAGUAUAUUGAGUCUUCCAAUUUGUUCCGCAAUUUGUCAACCAAAAGGCAUUCCACCCAAGGUGUACGACCACUCUCUUAUCAACAAAAAUCUAAUGGAUUUGCUGUCGAUGAAAUAGCGGAGAAGCCGGUGAUACCAUACAACAGGAAGUUCUCUCGAAGUGUUUCGGUGCAGGAGGACUGCGCGCUGAAGCUGCACGAUGUGUCGGCCAGCUGGACCGGCGACCCCAACAUGAUGGCCAUUAAGAACGUCUCCAUGAGGCUGCGCAAGGGAAAGCUUUGCGCUAUCAUUGGGCCCGUCGGCUCUGGAAAGUCCUCGAUUCUGCAACUACUACUAAAAGAAUUGCCUCCGGCGACUGGCAGUGUUUCAAUAUACGGCCAGAUCUCGUACGCUUGCCAAGAGGCGUGGCUCUUCCCCAGCACCGUCCGGGAGAAUAUACUUUUCGGUUUGCCUUAUGAACCCGAAAAAUACAAGAAGGUGUGUAAGGUGUGUACUCUGGAGAAGGACUUCAAGCAGUUCCCAUACGGCGACCAGACGCUGGUGGGUGAGAGGGGGGUGUCCCUCUCCGGGGGCCAGCGAGCCAGAAUCAAUUUGGCGCGCGCUGUGUACAGAGAAGCUGACAUUUACUUGCUGGACGACCCUCUGUCUGCUGUGGACGCAAACGUUGGACGUCUUUUAUUCGAGGGCUGCAUCAACGGGUACCUGCGCAAGCGCACACGUAUCCUCGUCACACAUCAGAUACAUUUCUUGAAAGCAGCGGACUUCAUCGUCGUUAUGAAUGAGGGUCGUAUCGAGAACAUGGGAACAUUUGACGAGCUAGUCGGAAGCGGCAAAGACUUCGCUAUGAUGCUCGCCGGGUUACAAGAAGGGAAAGACAAAGAUGCGGAGAGUAUGGGAUCACAUGCGAGUGUUGAAGAGAAAUCCAGGCCGGCGCUCAAAACGAUGGCCAGUGUGAUUAGUGCGAACGAAGGCGAAGAUCUCGAAGAGUUUGAGGAGCAGAAGAAGGAACAGGAGGAGAGGUCUUCAGGCAACCUGCGCUGGGAGGUUAUCCUCACUUACUUCAAAUCUGGUGGCAACCUGUGCUUCGUACUGUUUACAGUGAGCGUGGUCUUGAUCGCUAUAGCCAGUGGCGCUUCGGUAGACUACUGGGUCAGUUACUGGACAAAUCAAAUGGCGAUCUACGAAGCGUCCGGCGGCGGCUCCACCGACUCAGGUCCAAACUUGGACGAGCAGGUUGGCUUGUUCACGACUGGCCAGUACCUCAUCAUCCACGGCAGUCUAGUGUUGGCUUGCAUUUUCUUGACAAACAUGCGCGUGUUCCCGUUCGCACGCUUAUGUAACACGGCUUCGAUCAAUCUGCAUAACAACAUGUUCUCUACAAUGCUCAGGGGAGUCAUGAGGUUCUUUGACACCAGUGACUCAGGUCGCAUAUUGAAUCGGUUUACAAAAGACAUGGGUGCCUUAGACGAAAUCUUGCCAAGGACGCUGUUAGACGUUAUACAGAUGUACGGGUCCCUCGCCGCGAUCUUUGUCCUAAAUGCCAUCGCGUUGUACUGGACGCUCGUUCCCUCAGCUGUAUUGGGCAUACUUUUCUUCUUUAUGGUCCGGGUAUACAAGAAAGCGGCGCAAGGCAUUAAGCGAUUGGAAGGAACAACAAAGAGUCCGAUGUUCGGUGUGGUGACAUCGUCCCUCAACGGCAUUGCCACAAUCAGAUCGUCCAAUUCACAGGACAGGCUCAUAAAUCAAUUUGAUACUAGCCAGGAUUUACACAGCUCUGCGUGGAACUGCUUCUUGAGUGGAGGAGCUACGUUUGGUUUCUAUUUGGAUACCGUAUGUUUGGUGUAUCUGACAGCUGUUAUAUUUGUCUUCCUCUUCCUCGAUUUUGGUGAAUCGGUCCCAGUGGGCAGCGUGGGCCUGGCGGUGACGCAGAGCAACGUGCUCGUCCUGCUUCUACCGCACGCCGCGAGGGUCCUCGUCGAGUUCCUGGCCCAGCUCACCAGCGUCGAGCGAAUCCUACAAUAUACGCACAUCGACACCGAACCUAACUUAUUCCAAGGAAAAAUCGAUAUGCCGCCCACAUGGCCAUCUCGAGGAUCGCUUGUUUUCCAAAAUGUGUCAAUGCGAUAUGCGCCUACUGAGGCGCCCGUACUGAAAAACUUGAAUAUUGUUGUAGAAAGCGGGUGGAAGGUUGGCAUCGUCGGGCGAACAGGAGCGGGUAAAUCUUCGUUGAUAUCAGCCCUAUUCAGAUUCGCGCAUAUCGAAGGAUCAAUAUCGAUUGAUGGAAUCGAUACUUCGCUUAUAUCGAGACAGGGUCUGCGAUCGAAAAUUUCAAUUAUACCGCAAGAGCCAAUCCUGUUCUCCGCGUCUAUUAGAUACAAUUUGGAUCCGUUCAGCAGCUUCAGUGACGACGACCUCUGGAGAGCUCUAGAACAGGUUGAUCUGAAGCCUGUUAUUCCAUCUCUGGAUUUCAAGGUUACAGAAGGUGGUUCUAAUUUCUCAGUAGGCCAACGCCAACUGAUGUGUUUGGCGCGCGCUGUACUAAGAUCUAAUCAGAUAUUGAUAAUGGAUGAAGCCACGGCGAACGUUGAUCCUCAGACGGACAACUUUAUCCAAGACACAAUACGGCGCCGGUUCGCAUCGUGCACUGUUCUGACGAUAGCUCACCGUCUCAACACCAUCAUGGACUCAGAUAGAGUGCUCGUCAUGAGCUCUGGCGAGGUCGCAGAGUUUGAUCAUCCUUACGUAUUGCUCUCCGACCCCAACAGUCAAUUCUCUUCCAUGGUGAGAGAAACUGGUGAAAAGAAUAGUGAAAACCUGUUGCGAGUAGCCAAGGACGCUUAUUUCCAAAGCAAUCUGAAAGAAAAUGCAAGAUAAAACAAAUAUUAAUUAGCAACAAAUAUUAGUGUUGGAAUGUAAUCUGAAAGUAUUAGUGUGUGCGUGCCACAAGGACUUUGUGAGAGUGUUCGUGUUUUAUACCAUGUUAAUUUAUAAUGAAUAAACUUUAUCAUACGAA